AUGGCAUCACCGGCGACAAAGCGAGUUCCAUCAGCGAAAAAGCACCCAACGCCGCGUAAUACGCCUGUGGAAAAAGAUGCAGCUUCCCAGAGCCCUAUAGCUGAUCAGGAAGCAUCAAAUAUCAAGCCUUCGAAGCAAGUGAAACCCAUAAGCAAGCCCAAAACACCUAUCACACCCAAGAAGAAAAUUCAAAAAUUGCCAAAGAAACCGGGUACCAAGGAAUUGCCUUCAACGCCCCAAGAAAAAAAGUUAUCGGAAAGCGCGACUCCAAAUGCCGACAAAAUUAGUGCUCGGGAAGGAAGCAAUGCAGUCGACUUGGAAUAUGAGGAGCCACUGCCGAUAAGAGAGACCAUCGAAGAGCAUCAAGAGACGAUUGACGGCCCAGAAGACGUGCUACAGGUGGCAGAUAUCCCCUCUGAAGAGCAGAGACGACCCGAAAUUAAGAAAGGAGACUCCGCCUCCGGGUCGCGCGGUGGCUCAUUCUUCCAGCGAGGGAAGAAUGUAGCCUCGCGUAUUUCAGACUUUACGGGCACCGUCAGAGAUUUCGGUGAUCGGGCCACAGCUGCAAAAUCCCGGUUAGCUCCUGGCGACAUCCAGGAUAGUAUUGGAGGUGUCACUAAAGGGGCCGAGUCUGACGAAAAGGGCGCUGCCAACAAACUCACGGAGAAGAUUCCCAGCCUCCCCACAGAUUUGUCUCAAUUGAAGGGGCUUGAGGUCAGCGAGGAAGGACAGAUCCUUGACAAUGAUGGCAAUGCAGUUGGAACACUCGUCGAGGGUGACCCUAGUGACCUUUCUGGCCAGGUGGUUGGGGAAGGUGGUGAGAUUUUAGAUGAAGAUGGUGAUCUGAUUGGCCGAGUUGAGCUGGUCAGCGACGAGACUGUAAAGAAGGCCGAUGAAGUCGAAGAAGUGGUUGACACAGGUAAUAUCCCCAGCCUGCACGACCUCGCAAACUUGCCAGUUACAGAGGACGGCCUAGUCAAAGACGAAAACGGACGAGUAUUAGGACGGCUUGUUGAAGGUGACCCCGCUGAUUUGGCGGGCCGAACUGUUGAUGAGAAUGGCGACAUUCUUGAUGAAGAUGAAGACUUGAUCGGGCGAGUCGAGCCUAUCACCCUAGAUCAAGUCGAAGAGCAGGCCGGUGAAGCCGAACCCACAGGUGGCGUACUGUUGCCAGGGGUUGCCAUUCUUCAGGGCAGAGAAAUCAACGAAAAUGGCAAAAUUCUGAAUGAUGAAGGCGAGGAUUUAGGCCAAGUUGUUGAAUAUCAAGAUCUGGAGCAAAUGUCAGGAAAGAUCCCAAACGAACUAGGCGAAGUGUUGGACGACAACGGAGAGGUUAUUGGAAGAGUUGAGCCAGUGCCAGGUGAAGCUGCAAGAAACGCGAUGCAAGAACUCGAAGACAAAAAAGAAGAAUAUGCAGACGCCAACGAGUCACCUGAAAUCCCCAAGGAAUUACCUGACAUCUCAACGCUGGAAGGCCUGAAGUGCAACAAGUUCGGAAACAUCGUCGGCGAGGAUGGUGUGCCAAUUGGUGAACUUAUUGAGGGCAAUGCCAAAGAGAUAUGCAAAGGAGGAUUCGAGCUUGAUGAUCGCGGUCAAUUCUGGGACAACAGAGGAAAUAUCUUGGGUGUAGCGCAAACAAUUGCAAUUGAAGAGGAGGAUCAGCGCCCAUUCGCAGGGUUCGAAGAUCUUGUCGUGGUCAAGGAUGGCUGGGUCGAAGACGCAUCUGGGACCCGGGUAGGCCAGAUUGUUGAUGGUGAAAUCAAGAGUCUUAUUGGUCGGGCUGUCGAUGACGAUGGGGAUGUUCUAGAUAAACGAGGCAAUCUCAUUGGACACGCUGAGCCCUGGGAAGAACCGGAAUCAGAGCCAGAAGAGGUCGACUUCUCUUCCUUGGAGGGUCUCUCGCCUAACAAGUUGGGCUUUGUUUUUGGACCAGACGGCGCAUUGGUAGGCCGUGUAACAGAGGGAGACCUGAAAAAGGUUGUUGGUAGGGCGAUCGAUAACGAAGGUCAGAUGUGGGGUGAUGAUGGCCAGGUUAUUGGAAGGGUUGAGCUGAUUCCGGAAGAGGAGCGUGAGGUGCCAGCUCCUUUUAGCGACCUGGGUGAUCUGGUGGUCAGACAAGAUGGGCUUGUUGAAACCGAGGAAGGCGAUGUUGUUGGUAGGAUCAUUGAGGGAGAUCCUAAUAAAUUGCGAGGUAAAGCUGUGGAUGAAGAUGGAGAUAUCAUGGAUAAGCGUGGCAACGUGAUAGGACGCGCUGAACCAUACACACCAUCCGAACCCUCUGAAGAACCAGAGGAAGACCUCUCCGAACUUGAUGGGAUGACAGUCAACAAAUUUGGAAACAUCGUCGACGAAACUGGAGCGGUCUUUGGGCGGCUUGUUUCAGGAAAUCCAAAGAAACUAAAUGGAAUGAAGGUGGAUGGAGAAGGUCAGAUCUGGAGUGAUGAUGGGAAAGUGCUAGGCAACGCUGAACUGAUCCCUGCUGCUGAGCGAGAGCGACCUGAGGGUGUGUUCUAUGGGCUCGAUGACUUGACUGUAACAAAAGAUGGAUGUGUGAUCACUUCUGAAAAGGAAGUGGUCGGUAGGCUAAUUGACGGGGACCCAAAAAGACUUGUUGGUCGUGCCGUGGAUGAAGAUGGUGAAAUUGUGGACAAAGUGGGCAAUAUCAUCGGCCGUGCAGAGCGAUGGACUCCCGAGGAAAAGCAACGCGAUAUCAACCCAAUGAGUGGCCGAAAGGUGAACCGAGAUGGCGAGGUCCGCGACAUCGAUGGUAACCUAAUAGGCAGACUCACCAUGGGUAACCCUAAAGCCUUAAUAGGCAAGAUGGUGAAUGAUGAUGGCUAUAUCGUUGACAAUGAUGGAAAUCAAAUCGGCGAAUGCACGCUGGAGGAGAACCUGCCAGACGCCGAGCCCGAGCCCGAGCCCGAAAUAUCCCCUGAGGAAGCUGAGAAACAGGCCAAAGAGCAACAUGACAAAGAUUUGGCGAAGAAGAUUUCGACCGUUAUACAGCAAACACUUGAAUCGGUGGAGCCGCUCUGCAAACAGAUCACAGAGCAUCUUGAAAGAGCCGAUCGUACGCCCCGUGAGGAGUUGGAUGAAGAAAAACUAGUUCAGAGCGUGAAACCUCUGAUUGAAAAUGCCGGAAACAUCCUACAGGAGUGUAAAGGCACUAUCAGGGCGCUCGAUCCCGAUGGAUCCAUCGCUGCAUCUGCAAAAGCCCACAGUGCUGCUCACGAGGCGACACCAGAGGAAUAUCAGCUAGCAGAUCUUCUGAAACAAUUGACUGAGACUGUGAUGAAUACUAUUGAAAAAGGCCGCCAGAGAAUUGCAGAUAUGCCUCAUGCGAAGAAAAAGCUCAAUCCGCUAUGGACGUUGCUAUCCGAACCACUUUUCCAAAUCAUUACGGCAGUUGGAUUGCUUCUAAGUGGUAUUCUCGGUCUUGUCAAUAAUCUUUUGAGCGGGCUUGGCCUUGGUGGACUUGUUAAUGGUCUUCUUGGUGGUCUUGGAAUCGAUAACCUGAUCAACAGUCUCGGCUUGGGCAAGUAG